CGGAUCAAGCCUUUGUGACCCUUGCUACCGAUGAUGUGUACUGCCAAGGCGCUCUGGUUCUCGGACAGUCGUUGAGGAACCAUACGACAUCUAGGAAACUGGCAGUACUAAUUACACCAGAGGUUUCCAGUGGGAUGAGGUCUGUCCUCCACAGCGUGUUUGACGAAGUCAUCGAGGUGGAUGCGCUUGACAGUGCUGACUCGGUCCGUUUGGCUCUGAUGCAGAGGCCAGAACUGGGUAUAACCUUCACUAAGCUUCACUGUUGGACUCUUACUCAUUAUAGCAAAUGUGUCUUCAUGGAUGCAGACACUUUGGUGCUUUGCAAUGUUGAUGAAUUGUUUGAUCGAGAAGAGUUUUCAGCAGCUCCAGAUUCUGGCUGGCCUGACUGCUUUAAUAGUGGUGUGUUUGUGUUCCGACCUUCCUUGAAAACUUACAACCUGCUUCUCCGCUUUGCUGCUGAGCAUGGCAGCUUUGAUGGAGGUGAUCAAGGCUUGUUGAAUAGCUUCUUCAGCAGCUGGGCAACAGCAGAUAUUGGCAAACACUUACCUUUCCUCUAUAACUUAAGCAGCAGUGCUGUAUACACCUAUGUUCCUGCUUUCAAUCAUUUUGGUAGAGAUGCUAAAGUUGUUCACUUCUUGGGAGCGACAAAGCCCUGGAACUACAAAUACAACCUUCAAACAAAGAGAGUUGUGCAGGAUGGCACCACCUCUGGAUCUUUUCAUCAGCUGUCGUUUCUUGCCCUCUGGUGGAAUAUAUACAGUGCCAGUAUAUUGCCUUUGUUAGCAAAACUUCAGAAGAUGGAAGACUCAGAAUCUGAGGAAUGCAAGCACACUUUCAAUGGAGUUGAAAUUACACUGAAAAAGGUCAGUCCUUACGUGGCCAAUUCGCUGCAAAUGCCUGGGCUUCCAGAGCAGACCUAUGAAAUCUAUCCCGCAGUGUGUUCACCUGGGGAGCUCACUUUCAAAGCGAACAAGGUCGCAUAUUCUGUUUCGGAGCUGUCUAUUCGCUUCAAACCAGAAGAGCCAAGUCCAGAAGACGAACGGAGAAAAUGGGAGGAAGGGCGCAUGGACUAUAUGGGGAAAGAUGGUUUUGAACAUAUCAAAAAGAAAUUGGAUUCGUUUUUGCAUUAAGAUGGAGUGUACUGUAAUGGCCAUCGCGAUCUAUAUUUCUUCUAUAAAUGCAA